CCCUGGCUCGGGCGCCCAGCCACAGGGUUCGCCGCUCUCUAUCGAGGACCAUGGCGAGGCUGAGCUGGGGAUAUGGCGAGCACAACGGCCCUAUUCACUGGAAUGAAUUUUUCCCCAUUGCUGAUGGCGAUCAACAGUCUCCGAUUGAGAUUAAAACCAAAGAAGUGAAAUAUGACUCCUCCCUUCGACCUCUCAGUAUCAAGUAUGAUCCUGCCUCAGCUAAAAUCAUCAGCAAUAGUGGCCAUUCCUUCAACGUUGACUUCGACGACACAGAGGACAAAUCAGUUCUGCGUGGAGGUCCUCUCACGGGAAGCUAUAGGUUGCGGCAGUUCCACCUACACUGGGGUUCAGCAGAUGACCAUGGCUCUGAACAUAUGGUAGAUGGAGUGAGAUAUGCUGCAGAGCUCCAUGUUGUCCACUGGAAUUCAGACAAAUACCCCAGCUUUGUUGAGGCAGCUCAUGAGUCAGAUGGGCUGGCUGUCUUGGGAGUAUUUCUCCAGAUUGGGGAACACAAUCCCCAGCUGCAAAAGAUCACUGACAUUUUGGGCUCCAUUAAGGAAAAGGGCAAACAAACCCGAUUCACAAACUUUGACCCCCUCUCUCUGCUUCCACCGUCCUGGGACUACUGGACAUACCCUGGUUCUCUGACGGUCCCACCUCUUCUUGAGAGCGUCACGUGGAUUGUUUUAAAACAACCUAUAAAUAUCAGCUCACAACAGCUGGCCAGAUUCCGUAGCCUCUUGUGUUCAGCCGAGGGCGAGACGGCAGCUUUUCUGUUGAGCAAUCAUCGUCCACCACAGCCCUUGAAGGGCCGCAGAGUGAGAGCAUCUUUUUAUUAACAGCCACCAGUGGGUCAGCACAGCCAGAAGCAUGGAGGCAGCAAACAAAACAGAACUCAGACUUUCCUACUAACAACUUCUCUAGACUUUUAAAUUUAGGGGUCCACUUUCCCAGUGGUUUUGGCACCACAGAAAAAAACUGGAGCUGAACUAACUAGCUCAUUACUCCAGAUUUACAUGAACACAUGCCCAACUGGUAAACAUUGUUCGGUGUAUAUUAAUAUCACACAGUUCAUCUGCCUCAGCUUUCAUGUCCAUAUGGUCAACCUUACAAAUCUCAGACUGUACUAAAAGUUUAUUGUGGCCUUUAGCUGAUUCUACCACAUUUAAAAGUGUUUGCUAAAAACUUUAAAUAAUGGUAUAAUUGCUGAGCAAUCAGUUCUUAUGGUUUUUAUAUUUUUCUUAUUAAUCAGGACUAUAUAUUUCCUUUAAUGUAUUUUUCUCAAGCUCUCAUUGUGUGUACUGUGAUAAAGAUACUAUGUGAGACACACAGGAAUUAAGAUAGAAUGAUGUGUUUACUUUUUUGAUCAAAGUAACCUACAGUUUUAGUGAGGAAUUCUUCAGGAUAUAAACAAAUAUUUAAGACAUUAUAUCAUAUAAUUCAUCCACCUAAGAAUGUUAAUGACCAUCAGGGUGAUGACUGACAUAUUGUGUGGUAGUGUUGGCUGCCUCAUGGCAGUAACUGGUUAAGGUUACACAAUACCACUGCAGCAGAACUGCCCUGAGCUGGUGAACAGGUUCUGUAUAUUUGGCCUGUGUUAUAACAGAGCAGGGAGAUAUCUUAUAUCCAUUGUUUAUUCUGUCAGUAGUGAAAAAACAAACCGAGUUUCACAUAGAUGCCAAAACCAUCCAAUGCAUUUUUCUAGCAAAGUUCAUUUCUCAUUUGUUACUAAGUGUCUUAAUGAUUGAAUAAGAUGCAAUUUGGUAAUAAUUUUAACCUGUUCUAUCUGGAGAGGUUUUUGUUUGUAUUUGGUGAAGGGGAUUGGGUGCCAUGUUUCUUUUUCUUUUCCAUUAUGAAGUGACCCUAUCAUUAAUUCAGUAAUCAUAGUUAAGACUUGAAUAUGUUGCUGGGUUUCUUAAUUUCAAUGAUUUGUUUCAGAUCUCUCUCAUCUUCUAAAUAUAAAGCUAAUUUUUGAAAAUGUUCUUUGUAUUCUUCUUGGUAGAUAACUUCAUUUUGAGAAAAUUGUAUGAUGGAGUCUACUGUCAUAUAAGACAAGAGCCUGAAUAUUAGAAUGGACACCUCAGUCAUUGUUUUUCCCUUUCUGGGUUCAACUGAUUUCUCAGUACAAAUCAAAACUGCAGAAACAAACACUUUUGUAUAUUAUUUAUUCACCAGUAUAAAGCCAGUCUCAAAACACCAGGUGCUCCUUUUUAUAUUAUGUUUAUUAUCUUUAUGACCAAAGUGAAAUUAUAUUUACCUUACUCUAAAUGAAUAACUAUGAAGAUUUUCAGA